AUGAUGGCGCCUUCGCGUCCCAUGGCGGCUGUCCUGCUUGUUGUGUUCAUGGCGUUGCAGGGAACGGCGAGCGCGUACAACAAUGGCAGCGACGACGGCGUGACGAUGCACAUGUUCGAGGAGUGGAUGGCCAGGUUCGGCAAGGCGUACACGUGCCACGGCGAGAAGGAGCACCGCUUCGCCGUCUUCCGCGACAACGUCCACUUCAUCCGGAGCUACAAGCCGCAGGCGAGCUACGACACCGCCGUCCGCAUCAACCAGUUCGCCGACCUCACCAACGAGGAGUUCGUGGCCGGCUACACCGGCGCCAAGCCGCCGCACCCCAAGGAGGCGCCCCGCCCCGUGGACCCCAUCUGGACGCCCUGCUGCAUCGACUGGAGGUUCAAGGGCGCCGUCACCGGCGUCAAGGACCAGGGCGCCUGCGGGUCCUGCUGGGCAUUCGCGGCGGUGGCGGCGAUCGAGGGGCUGACGAAGAUCAGGACGGGGCAGCUGACGCCGCUGUCGGAGCAGGAGCUGGUGGACUGCGACGGCAACAGCAACGGGUGCGGCGGCGGGCACACGGACCGCGCCUUCGACUUCGUCGUCGCCAAGGGCGGCAUCACGGCGGAGAGCGAGUACCGGUACGAGGGGUUCCGGGGCAAGUGCCGCGUGGACGACAUGCUGUUCAACCACGCGGCGCGCAUCGGCGGGCACCGCGCCGUGCCGCCCAACGACGAGCGGCAGCUGAUGACGGCCGUGGCGAGGCAGCCCGUGACGGCGUACAUCGACGCGAGCGGGCCGGCGUUCCAGUUCUACGGCUCCGGCGUGUUCCCGGGCCCGUGCGGGUGCGGCGCCGGCGGGGCGCCCAAGCCCAACCACGCCGUGACGCUGGUAGGCUACUGCCAGGACGGCGCGACGGGGAAGAAGUACUGGGUGGCCAAGAACUCGUGGGGCAAGACCUGGGGCCAGCAGGGCUACAUCCUCCUCGAGAAGGACGUCGCGUCGCCGCACGGCACCUGCGGCCUCGCCGUCUCCCCCUUCUACCCCACCGUCUAGCUAGCUAGCUAACUAGCUAGCCGGCCGACCAGGCCACCUCCAUUGCCGCCCUCCGUCGUCUUCGUCUUCGUCGUCCUCUUCUUCCUCUUCCUCUGAUUCGAGUUAAUUCCGUCACGUGUGGAAUAAUUAAGGAACAAUA